AAAGGAAGACGAGCAAAUUUUCACCCUUGACUUCCAAUAUUCUGCCACAUCAAGGAAGAUUUGGUUUAAGAAAGGAUAUACCCACAUCUGAGCCCAAAAUGUUUCUCUUCACUACUGUAAUGUGUGUGUUCUACACAGUCACUAAUGCAGCUUCCAGUUCUUCAGGAACGUGCUAUGUCCCGAGUGAUCGGCAAUGGUUGGUUAAAGGCCUCCAGACUCAACUGGAAAACUCUGCAGCCUGCCCGCAGAAUAAACCUGAUCCCAGUGUCCUGAUUGCUUUGAACCUGGCUGAAGACCACAAUCUUAGUGUGCUAACACAGUUGGUGAGGCAGAUCAAAGAAACAGCUGGAACAGAGAUGACCUCUGGCAAAGUGGCCCUUUAUGUCCUAGCUCUUCGGUCCGCCUGUCAGAAUCCUGCUGAUGUCAGGACGCCAGAAAAACAUGUCAACCUGGUCCAAGUCCUUGAGGAGAAAACAAAGGAAGAGAUUAAGUAUAUCAAUACCACUGGGACUCCCAAGACAACCUACUACCAAUUGGCUCUAGAUACUUUGGCUCUGUGUGUAGAAAAAAGUCCAGAAUUAGAAAUUACUGCCACCAUCUUGGCCAAGGCCGCCCUGAAUAAUAGUUUCAAAUUCGAUGGUCGUUUCUCUGUAGAUACUGGUGCCGUAGCAAGUCUAGCACUAUUCUGUGUGUAUGAAGGAAGGAUCUUGUCUCAGCAGAGCAAAAUUACAGGAACUAUACAAGCAGCCUUAACCCUCAUCACAGAGCAGAUCCUUAAUGAACAACAGACUAAUGGCCUCCUUGGAAAUAUCUAUAGCACUGGCCUUGCAAUGCAGGCUCUCAAUGUUACUUCUGAGUUCUAUUCUCCUAAUGCAUGGAACUGUCCUAAGACCUUGAAUGAAGUGCUGAGUAAGAUCAUCGAGGGAGCCUUUAGCACUCCAGCUGCUGCUUCUCAGAUCCUGCCUUCUCUGGUGGGCAAGACGUAUUUGGAUGUGAGGGGUCUCAUUUGCAGCUCCGAAACUGAAACAGUGCAUUAUACUGUAAUCAAUAAUCUAGUAGGACCUCACUUCAAGUAUUCCACAACUGUGAAAGUGCCAAAGGGUUCUGUUCUGCUUGUUGUCUUGGAAGCAGCUCAACAACUUAAUGCAAAAGAAUUCAGCUUUCAAACAGAGGAGACAUCUUGGGGCCCCAUGGUCACCUCUAUCAAUGGCCUCAAAGGCAGCACCAAUGAAAAGACCUACUGGCAGUUCCUCAGUGGCAAAACACCCCUUGAACAAGGUGUUGGCAGCUACAAACCAAGAGAUAAUGAGCUAAUUGUGGCCAUCUUCAGUAGAUACUGAACUAUUACCUAUAAUAAAGAACUGAGGUUCAAGUCUG